AUGAGUAUUUAAGGUUUAGAUUUAUUUUCUUCAGAGUUUUAUUUUAAUAUAGGGCCAAAGCAUUAUAAAAGAGAUACUGUCUUAGGAUUUAUCUUGUCUUUUUUAGCUGUUACAACCACUCUUUCUUAUGCGAUUUACUUAUUUUAUCUCAAUUUUAGCAACUAAUUAAGCCCAAAAUUUUAAUCUUAAAGCUUUAUUACGAAUGAUAGGAUAGAAGUACCUCUCGAAGAUGAUUUAGUUGCAUUUUAGUUUAUGUAUAAUUAUUCAACGAGCAUAGAUUAAUAUUAACAAACUUUGAAUCAGACAUAUCUUGUUUAUGUUGUUUAACUUUACUAUUAAGACCCUAAAAAUAAUACUUACAAUACUAUCAAUCUCAAUACAUUUUAAUGCACUUCACCUUAAUUAUAAGGUUUUACAUGCAUUGAUUUUUCUAAAGCAAAUAACUAUACUUUUUUACUUGAUAAUAGUAAUAAUAAUCAAGUUUAUUCUUCUAUUUACAUACAUUUAUAUGGUUGCAGAGAUUAAGACUUAGUAAAAACAACUAUACCUCAUAAUUGCCCAGCCCAAAAUGAUAUUAAUAAUGUUAUAGAUGGAAAAUAAGCAUAUUUUUAGCUGAAACUCAAAACUUAGUAAUAUAAUACAACUUCAAAGCAAAUCCAAACUACUUACAGAAACAUAUAUAAUUAUGUAUCAUCUUCUUAAUUUGUACUUAACUCUCUGAGCACUUAAAAAUAAGAAACUCAGGUAGACUUAGGUCUCCUUAUUUAGCAGAGAUAAUAUUAUUCUUCUCCUAUUUAAUACACUCUAACAACUUAAAAUUUUGACAGAAUUUCAGCAUUAACAUCAGGAUUAGGCCCAUAUAGCAAAUAAAUAAUACUAAUGGAUGAAAUUGUUUAAAAAUUCCAAUUUUAAUAUCCAACAAUUACAGAAAUAUUGGCGCUUGUAAAUGCUGUAGCUGGAGUAAUAGUUGUAUUAAGAAUUGUGGGGAAAUUUUACAGUUAAAAUUUAAUAAAAUAAGACUUUUUUAUGCUCUUGCUUCAAAAUCUUUACUAAGAUAAAUAUAGAAAAAUCAUGAUCCAUAAUAAUCUUAUUAAAAAGUAAGAAAAUAUUACUUGUUCAAUUUCCACUGAAAAGGCUGAAAAAGAAGAAGCGGUAGAUGAAGUCUAAGAAAAUUAUAUAAAAAAAGACCUAAUUGUACCUGUGUUUCAAACAAAAAAUAGUGAUUAUCUCAAAAAAAAUAAAUAUCCUAUUAAAAAUAAUAACAAUAAUUGCUAAUUUCAUUUAAAAUUUAAUGACUAAAUAAACAUAAAAAAUGAAAAAAUAGAUAACUAGAAAUUAAAUAUAGACUUAAAAAAUAACUUUUUAAAAAUUGAAGAAAAUAUGUUGGAUAUAAAAAAUUAGAACAGUAUAAAUAAUAAAGAUCUGGUCAAUUCUGUAAUAAAUUCUCCAAAUGCAGCAGAAUCAACAAAUCAUAAAUUAAUUUUGUCUCAAAUUCAAAAAGAUCAGUAAAAAGAAUUAAAUGAGCAAUAUGAAAUUAAAAAUACUUAAAUUUUUGAAAAUUGCUCAAUAAAGAAUCUAUCUAAUAAAAUUUAGUUCAAGGAUAAAAAAAGGAGAUAUUGA